AUGCAUCCCGGAGCUCUGCCCUUCGUACCCGGAGGCGCUGUGCCGCCUUCCGCGGGGAUGGCCGGACUCGUUGCGCCAGGCGUCGGGAGUUUCCCCCGGCCUGCAAUGCCUGGAGCUCCGCCGCUGGUGCAUCUCUUCGGCGUCCCCCAUCUUCCACCACCCGGCGCUGCACCCGCGGCGUUCCGUCCAGGCCGUCCUGGUCUGUUGCCAUGCCCUGGAAGGCUCGCGUCGUCUUCCUUCUUCCAUCCGCCAGGCUCUCACGCGCUCGCGGCGACGUCGCAGGAGAGAGGCUCGAUGGCCGCGAACGAGAAGGCCGACGAAAGCAGCAAGCCUGUCACAGUCUACGUAGGAAACAUCAACCGCCAUGUCGACAACGACUUCCUGCGUCUCCUUCUCGCCGAGUGCGGCCGCGUCAUCAGAUGGAAUCGCCAGGCGGAUCCGACAACCGGCCAGCUCGCCGCGUUUGGCUUCUGCGAUUUCCAGGACGCCGUGGGGGCUCUCAACGCCCUCGAAGUUCUUCCAGAUCUCGUUAUCGGCGGAAAAGCUCUCAAGGUUAACUGCAACGAGAAAGUGAGGGCAGAAGUGAACCGCGUUAAGGAGGACAGAGUUCUCUCCACCUUGCACACGUUUCGCGAUAAGAAGCGAGAAGACGUGGAGAAGGAAAUCGAGGAGGAGACAGCGCGUCUCCGCAGUGCCGUUCUGGAGGUCGUCAAACGCAAAGAGUCCCAAAUUCCGCCGGACGACGCAGAAGAGGAGGCGAAGCCCCCGCGGAAGGAGGAGAGCAAGAGACGCAGCUCUCGCCAUGGCGGGAGAGAAGAAAAGGAAGGAAAGGAGAAAGGUCUUUCUGGCAGCGACGCAGGCUCGGAGUCUCGUACUUCUUCUCAUCGCUCUUCGUCCGCGAAGGACCUCUCGUCUUCUUCUUCCUCUUCUUCCUCCUCCUCUUCUUCCUCUUCUUCCUCUUCGUCUUCUUCCUCUUCUUCUUCCUCUUCUUCUUCUUUGGGAGAGGCGGCGCCGUUGCCCGCCAGUGCGCCACCGGGUCUUCCCUCGCAGGACGAAACUCCGUCUGCCGCGAGCGUCGUCGCUGCCGCGGGAGGCUUGGGGACGUUUGCUGGUCUGUCUGCGUUGAAAGCAAUGAAUCCGGAACUCGCCGAAGCUGCUUCCUCUUGCUCUGUCUAUCGCGUCGGACCCGACGGCGUAGACCGACGAAGAUACAUCACGGAAGACUACCGCCCUUGCCGCCGCGAACUGGAGAGGCUUCACCACCUGGAGCGCCGCGACUCCGAAUUCGAGAAAGAAUUUCGGCGCCGCGAAUUGGAGUGGAUCACUCGCGAGGAGGAUUUCAAGCAGAACAAAGAAAAAGAAGUUGCCUUGGAGCAGGAGAUUCGCGACGACGAUCGACAGCACUUGAUUAACCAAGACCUGCGCGGCGUGUGGUGGGAAGGCCUGCAAGAGCCUCGCCGACGUCAGGAGCGCAAACGCAGAAGAAGACGCGAGGCAGAAGACGACGCUGCGGACCGAGACGAAGAAGAAAAGGAACUGCGAGAGGAAGCGAAGCGACGCCGAGAGGAUCGCAGCCGAGCAAGCGCCCGGCAAGAAGGUGAAGGCGACGCACCGGCCGCCAGCGUCGAACAGGGGAGAGACGCGCGAGAAAGAUCCCAACGCUGCGCUGCUCCGUCUUCUCCUUCUCUCCGGCACCGCGACGCUCGAAAGCAGAAGGAGCAGACGCCUUCUUUUCUGGACGAGGAGACUGCUGCUGCGAGACACGAGAAGUCACGGGAGACUCGGAAGGAAGAGACAAGCCGCAGCGACAGAGACGCGCGUCGAGUGAAAACGGAGUUGAAGACGAGCGCGGCGCAGACGCCCUCGCAGGAGCUACGCGCCUUCUUCGGAGAUGACGAAGAAGGCUUCGACGACAGGCGUCGCCACAAGCCUCUGACGAAGCUGGAUGAGCACCGUGAUGUGACGAACAAAAUGCAGAAGGCGCAGGAAACUCUCAAAGUCAUUGAACAGUCCAAGAAACUCCUCGCGUCCGUUCCGACUGAGAAGGAGAAAUUGUUUGUCUACGACAUCGACUGGAGUCUCCUCAUUUCAAAGAACAUUUUGGACCUGAAGCUCCGACCCUGGGUGAGGAAGAAGGUCUGCGAAUUCAUGGGGGCAGAAGAAAGUCUCGUUCUGGAGGUGAUCGACUACAUCGUGAAGCGCGUUUCGGACCGUCCGCCGGCCGAGGAGCUCCUCGGCGAACUGGCCAAGUUCCUCGACGAAGAGGCCGAAGGCUUCGUCAGAAAUAUGUGGAGGCUACUCAUCUACGAGCAGCUCAAGCUGAAGGAGUGCUCUGAGUAGAAGAAGAAGCGGCGAGUCAGCGGACCCAGGGAGGUUGAGAGUGAGGCCAAGUCCGGAACAAGGCCCCCAGACGAGACGAGGAGGUCGAAAAGGGGAAGAGGAAGAAGAAGAAGAAGGAAAAAACAGGAGAAGAACAGGAGAAAAAGAAGACACAGGGGGAGACCAAGCGGAAAGGUGGAGAACCAGAAGAGAACGGGAGCCCGGAGCCACAGAUGCAGAGAGUUGGAGAGGCUUGUUUUUUCUGGGGGUUGUACAGGGUGAAACGAUCUUUGUGUCUUGAAGCAGACGCGGAUCGCAGCUCGGUCGUGGUGCGAUUCCUCGCGUUUUUAUCCACGUUUCUUCGCAGAAGGAUGGACGCAUGAGGCUUCUUUUUGUCGAAAGUUCCUGCUCUCUGAAAAGGCAUCUGUUGCUGUUCUGGGACUUCUACGCCGAAGCAAGAAAGCCUUUCUUCUCUUCCCCGGUGUUCUGCUCCGUCGACAUGGCCUCAGCCAGAACAAAGGAAACAAUCUGAGAGCAACUU